UCUCGCCAAUCGUCAAUCGCCCAUCGACAAUCCAGGCUACCCCGUCUUUUCUCUUCCAACCUUUUCGCUAAGCAACAGGACAAAAAAGGUCAGAGCGCCAGUUCAAUCCCCCCCAAAAAGCCAAGUUUUCGGCCCUCCCCUGGGCAUUUUUUCCCCCUUCGCCUCGCCUCGCCUCGCAUCUUUCCUGCCAAUUGCCAGCGGGUGGUCCGUGACGUGCCUCCCCCACUUUUCCCCUACCGAGCUCCCGCGCCUUGAAACAAAACCUCAGCGCAGUCCACUUACGCGACCUUUUUUUUUUUCCAGACCCUUUCUGCCUUCAUCCUCUGCACGUCUCACGUCUCACCCAACAGACAAAGCAAACUCUCCCCUCAGACACAAUGGCCGCCAUCGACAAGCAACUCAUUGCCGCCCGGGAUGUUGCCUCCCAGCUCAUGAAGCGAAAGAACUUCGCUGCCAGAGAGCCUGGUGUCAUUGUCGUCUUCUGCAUCGUCUUCAUUGUCGGUGUUGGUCUGUUUGGUCUCCUCGUCCACAAGUGGAUUCAGAGGAGAAAAGCUGCCACCAAGUCUCAGAUCUAGACGACAUCCUGAGGCUAGGGGAAGAGGGGGUUGGACUCUAAGGUGUCGACGGAGAGGGGACGCAGUAAUGGACCGUGAUUGUUAAAUGGCGAAAUGGUGUUGCGCGCGACAUUUCAGCGUGGUUAUAAACAGCGACACGUUGCGCGCGUCAAAAAAA